AUUUCCUACUGUCUGCUCACUAUGUGUAGAUUUUUACAGUCCAGCUGAUCAGAGGUGCUGACAUCUGUUACCCCAAGAAGAAAAUCUCUGGGUUUGCCAAGAUGGAUUAUCAAGUAGCCACUACUGCUGAUUACAUUGAUUAUGGCCUGUCAGAGCCUUGUCAAAAAACCAGUGUAAAACAAAUUGCAGCCAAGCUUCUACCUCCCCUCUACUCGCUGGUGUUCAUCUUUGGUGUCGUGGGCAACCUGUUGGUUGUCCUCACCCUGAUCAAAUGCAAGAAGCUGAAGAACAUGAGUGACAUCUACCUGCUCAAUCUGGCCAUCUCUGACCUGCUCUUCCUCCUCACUCUCCCCUUCUGGGCACACUAUGCAGUAUAUAAGUGGGUCUUGGGGGAUGCCAUGUGUAAACUCUUCACAGGGCUGUAUCACAUUGGCUAUUUUGGAGGCAUCUUCUUCAUCAUCCUCUUGACCAUCGACAGGUACUUGGCCAUUGUCCAUGCUGUGUUUGCCUUAAAAGCUAGAACUGUCACCUUUGGGGUGGUGACCAGCGUGGUCACCUGGGUGGUGGCCAUCUUUGCCUCACUUCCAGGAAUCAUCUUUACCAGAUCCCAAAAAGAGGGUCUCCACUAUACUUGCAGCCCUCACUUCCCAACCAAUCAGUAUCAUUUCUGGAAAAAAUUUCAAGCACUAAAGAUGGUUAUCUUGGGUUUGGUGCUACCACUGCUAGUGAUGACCAUCUGCUACUCGGGGAUCCUCAAAACUCUUCUUCGCUGUCGGAAUGAGGAGAAGAGACAAAGGGCUGUGAGACUCAUCUUCGCCAUCAUGAUCAUGUACUUCCUUUUCUGGACCCCCUACAACAUCGUCCUAUUGCUGACCACUUUCCAGCAAUUCUUUGGUCUGAAUAACUGCCAGAGCUCCAACAGGCUGGACCAGGCCAUGCAGGUGACAGAGACGCUGGGAAUGACACAUUGCUGCAUCAACCCUGUCAUCUACGCUUUUGUCGGGGAGAAGUUCAGGAGCUACCUCUUAGGAUUCUUCCAAAAGCACAUCGCCAGACGCUUUUGCAAACGCUAUCCUAUCUUCCACAGAGAAGCCUCAGAGCGAGGAAGCUCAGUUUAUACCCGGUCUACAGCGGAACAAGAUCUCUCUGUGGGCUUGUGA